GUCCCCGCCCCUUUGUUUCUUUUCUCCUCGAACGUGAACAGGUCGCGUUUGAAAAGCUAGCCAAUAUUACACUGCUAAAUACAGGGAAAUAUUUUUUCUUAAAUCGAGCUGGUGACCAUACAAGAUCUGGUGUUAUGAGACUCCAGUUCUAGAAGACUUGUGAAUAAACACAGCCCUCUUGGCACACACUGAUUGAAUCGGCGUUGUUUUCACAUCAUUUUAAUUCAAUUACUUUGAACCAACAUGGAAUAGACCUUGAAUUGACGUCUGUGCCCAGCGGGAGGAGAGACACCUCAAACUUGUGACAGCUCCAUUCAAUAACUAGGUUUAUUUAUUAUUGCUGUUUUUUUUGUACCAAGAAACAUUCUAACUCGACAGACAAUAUGAGUCAAAAGAAGGGAACAUUGAUGGAUGAAAUCGAAAAGAGUUUAUGGAAUUUAACGGAGGACAAUUUACGCUCCCUUUGUGAACGUUAUGGCCAAGAUGCAUCCGAAGUUAAAGGAAUCGAUCACCGCUCGUUGCGGCGUAAAGUCAUGGAGGAAAUGUGGGACAAUACGGAUUCAAUGAAAUCAGAGGAGCAGGGAAUGUCUUGGUUAAUCCAACUGAAAGAGGACAUCAGAAGGAUGCUGGAGGAUGCUAGUGGUGCACCCGUGAGUCCCAGCAAAGCCGAUGAAGAUGAUCCUGUAGACUGCGAUCGAGAAUGGAAUGGAGAGGGAGGGGCUGGGUUACCUAGCAACAUGUUGGAGGUGGAGCCCAUGAGUCCCAGCCAAUCUGAUGAUGAUAAUGACGCUGCAGACUGUGACGCAGGGGACACGGAUUGGUUGCCUAACAAUGGGCUGGAGGCAGAGUCCACGAGUCCCAGCCAGUCCGAUGAUUGUGAUGCUGCAGACUGCGAUGAAGAAUUGGACAGGGAGGUCAGGGAUGGGCUGGAGGUGGAGUUAUCUCCAGAGAAGCAUACACCAGAGCAGAAGGACAAACGUCACCCACCGAAGACCCUGUGUCGUGCCUCUCCCGGUACCGCCUUAAUUUGGGGUCUGAAGAGGGUGUCUGUGCAGCUGAUGGACUGCAGGAAAACACCAGGGCAGAAAACCUCCAAGAAAACCAACUCCUGUGCUCAGUGUGGGAAGAGUUUUGCCACAAAAGACAUUCUGGAGCGACAUCUGCUAACUCACACUGGAGAGAAACAGAAAAAUAUAUGCGCUGAAUGUGGAAAAAUAUUCAGUACAUUUUCCAGCCUUACCAGGCAUCUGAAAACUCAUACUGGAGAGAAAUGUCAUGUUUCUGAAACCACAUGCUCUGAAUGCAGAAAGACAUUCAGUACACAUUCCAGUCUUAGGAGACAUCUGCUAACUCACACUGGAGAGAAACCGUACGUUUGCCCUCGUUGUAAGAAAGGUUUCAAUGAUCCAGGAAACUUGAAGAAACACCUUAGGAGAGCUCACCCAGGAGAUAAGUUGGGUGUGGAGAGGCUCUACCGUGAACCGUGUCCUCACUGUGGGGAGAAGUUUCCCACAAAGAAGGCUUUGGAGGAGCACCUGGUAACCCACACAGGAGAGAAACCUCACCAGUGCUCUGACUGCGGGAAGGGAUUCAAGGAAUUGUCUAGUCUUAAGAGGCAUCUGAGAACUCAUACUGGGGAGAAACCAUACAUUUGCCCUCGUUGUGGCAAGCCUUUUAAUGAUCCAGGAAACUUGAAGAAACACAUGAAAAGAACUCACUCCGGAGAACAUUCCAAAGAGAAACCUUCCAAAAACAAUGUUGGUUCUUCAGAACAGGAGGAGACCGUAAAGAAGCCAGUCCUUCAUCCAUGUUCUCACUGUGGGAAGAAGUUGUCAACCAAGACAAGACUAAAGAUUCACCUGAAGACCCACACUGUAGAGAAAUCUCACAUCUGCCCCGACUGCGGGAAGAGCUUUGCUUUCCGUCCCUCCUUGACCAAACAUCAGAAACUUAGUCAUUCAGAGCACGGAGGAGUGAAACGGCACGAAUGUUCAGUGUGUGGGAAAGUCUUUAAUCAACCAGGAGCCUUGAGGUCCCAUCAAAGAACCCACACUGGAGAGAAACCCCACCUCUGUGCUGACUGUGGGAAGAGUUUCUCUUUUCAGUCAUCUCUGAAAAGACAUCAGGCACUUCACGCAGCAGGUAGUGCGAAGCCCCACAUGUGCUCUGUCUGUGGGAAAGGCUUUAGAGAUUCUGGAUACUUAAUAAAACAUCAAGCCAUCCAUUCGGAAGAGAAACCUCACCUCUGUUCUGAUUGUGGAAAGACUUUUGCAUCCUUAUUUACCUUAACGAAUCAUUCCAAAUUGCAUCGUUUAAACAGAGACCAAUUCCAAUGCCCUGAAUGCAAGCGCCAUUUCCCAACAAAGGAAAGGCUGACAAGCCACCAGAGAACGCAUACCGGGGAGAAACCAUUUCGCUGCUCCCAAUGCCACAAACGCUUCUCUCACUCAAGUAGUUAUCAAAGGCACCUUCGUAUGCACACUGGGGAGAAACCCUUCAUUUGCCCCCUUUGCGGGAAGCAAUUUAACGACUCUUCGAAUCUUAGAACACAUGUUAGAAGACAUAAAGGAGAGAAGGUAGGCAAGACACAGGUCUCUGAGCCAUGCCCUCAAUGUGGGAAGAGGCUGGCUUCUAAGGCAGGGUUAGAGACGCACCUGCGGACCCACACUGGAGAGAAACCUCACCUCUGCGCCGACUGCGGCAAGAGCUUCGGCUUCCACUCAGCUUUGAGAAGACAUCAGAAAACGCAGCACGGAGAGCAAGUAGCGAAGCCGCACGUCUGCUCUGUCUGUGGAAAAGGUUUUAUGGAAUCUGGAGCGCUGAAGAAACAUGUGGUGACUCACGAGGAGAAACAGCACCUUUGCCCCGACUGCGGGAAGACCUUCAGGGUGGUUCAGGCCUUGUCAAAUCAUCAGAGAACCAAGCAUCAAAAAACGAACAAGGAAGUAAGAGAGAAGAAUCCGUUCCUGUGCCUUACUUGCGGCCAGGAAUUCAAUUCAAAGCAUAGAUUGGUAAUCCACGAGCGAAAGCACACAGGAGAGAAGCCUUACCAAUGCUCCCAUUGCGACAAACGCUUCACUGAGAAGUCAUACAUGAAACGUCACCAGACGGUGCACACGGGAGAUAAACCUUUCCAAUGCUCCGUCUGCGACAUGAAGUUUUCGCAUGGUGCAUCUUUAAUACGGCACCGGCUAAUACACUCAGGUGAGAAACCGUACCACUGCACUUACUGUGACAAGAGUUUCUCUCAGUCAAAUACGCUGAAAACACACAUACUAACGCACACCGGAGAGAAACCGUACCAGUGCCCCGACUGCGGGAAGCGUUUCACUGAAAAGAAAGCCAUGAAGAAACACCAGCGCAACACACACGGAACAGAGACACACAGCAACACACACGGGUCAGGGGCACACAACUCUGCUUUCUCUUUGCCUGGUAAAAAACAGAGAUUGAGUCAAGACCGGAGCCCUCGAGCAAAGCCGUACCAAUGCCCUGACUGUGGCAAGUGUUUCUCAGAGAAAAGAGCUCUUACGAAACACCAGAAGACACACCGGAGAGACAGCGCCCCCUAUUGGUCCGGUAUACUGCAGCGAUGGAGUCAAGACCCGCAACACUCUAAUACUGACUCAGACUCUGACCAAGACCAAGACUGGACCUCUUUAUAAAGACUCAGACCAAGACUGGACCUCUUUAUAAAGACUCAGACCAAGACUGGACCUCUUUAUAAAGACUCAGACCAAGACUGGACCUCUUUAUAAAGACUCAGACCAAGACUGGACCUCUUUAUAAAGACUCAGACCAAGACUCAAGAGACUCAGACCUCUUUAUAAAGACUCAGACCAAGCCUGGACCUCUUUUUAAAGACUCAGACCAAGACUGGAGAGACUCAGACCUCUUUAUAAAGACUCAGACAGGGCCUCAGUAUUGACCCCCAGUCAGAUGAGCCCAGGACCUCGUUUAAACAGGGCAGAUAGGAUUGUGUUGUCUUGUUUUGGCCAGCAGUUCUUCAGGCUUUUCCCCUUCUUCACACUGUCAACCUUCAGUAUGCGAAUUCUGCUUUAAUUAAAGCAAUUUUGUUCCGUUGUGUGUUGUAUUGAGACUUUUCUCAAUUAUAUAACAUAAUAUAUAUAUUUUUUAAAAGAGUAAUUGCACCAAGAGCAUGAGAAGAUCAUUCUUUCAACCAAAGAUAAUUUGGUUGAAAACACCAAGAUGAUGAUGAUCAACACUCCAUCUUCGGUAUAAACAAGCUGAGGGAUGGGAAUGGGGGGAAAACAACCUCAAAUUCAUAGACAUGGCAACAGAAAGCUGAGGGAUGGGAAUGGGGGGAAAACAACCUCAAAUUCAUAGACAUGGCAACAGAAAGCUGAGGGAUGGGAAUGGGGGGAAAACAACCUCAAAUUCAUAGGCAUGGCAACAGAAAGCUGCCCAUAGCAUUUUACACAGCUACCGUUUACAACCAUUGGAUUUAAAAAUGGAUUCAUUUAUUGAUUGACUGUUCUUUGUCCUUCAAGAUAACAUUUCCACAACUCUUUAGUUACACACCAAGAAACAAGACAAUUAGAAACAAGCGCCCAUCCACCACACACAUACCUAAGAGACUCAAUGAAUUAAUAGUAUAUUGACAUGUUUCACAGUUGUGUAUAGCAAAAAACAAAUUGGGUUUAAAUUUUUUGGACUCUAUUUCGAUCAGAUCCACUUUAGUGGUGUCGGAGGGAGUACUGCGUUAGAGCUGUCAAAUCCAUAAGCGUCUCCUGGCAUUAUACCUCAAGCGGACAUUGCAAUCGGUUUUGCACAGUCACAGAAAUCCCACGCAGCCCUUGGAACACUGAAAUGUGAUGUGAUCUACAGCCAGUUGAAUGAUUUUUAAAUCUGAGUGUAUUCUUUCUAUGUAUAGUCGACAGCUCCAACAGUUCCCUCUCAGAAGCCACCAAAACAUCUGCUAUGUCGGUUGACGAUCUCAUUGAAUCUAGGCCUAAGUGUCAAAUACUUUGGCAGAUGAUAUUGAUGAAUGUUGUGUGUGUUUCAAAAGGCUGUUUGAGUCUCAUGGAAACCUUGACAGUAAACCUGUUUGAACUGAAUGCUGAUGUUGUAGUUUUUGUCUUCAGUUAUUUGACUGUCUGGUCAGUGGAGAGUUUUACAGCAGAGCCAGAGAUGAUCAAUAUGGACAUCAGGACGACCUGGCAUGGUGACUCCUUGCUGUCCCCAGUCCACCUGGCCGUGCUGCUGCUCCAGUUUAAACAGUUCUGCCUGUGAUUAUUAUGUUAAUAUUAUUAAAAUAAAUGAUAAAUUCUUAUUAUUUAUUGACUGGCCACCCCUCAGCCUGGUUCCUCUCUAGGUUUCUUCCUAGGUUUUGGCCUUUCUAGGGAGUUUUUCCUAGCCAC